GUGGCACUCACCCCAACGACCAGAGAGAUCCACCAGAUGGCGCUCACCCCAAUAAACCAGAGAUCCACCAGGUGGCGCUCGACCCCCGUAGCCUGGAUUCCUAAUGAACCCCCGAGGAAGAACCAUGUUGACGGCUACUGUAAGAUAGCAGUACAUAACAGGAAUAAACAUGGACAAGAAGAAACCUUUCAAAGUGACAUCUUCUUCCCUGGUGGACCUGAAGGCUGAACUCUACAGGAAGCAGGAGCAGUGCAAACACGAGAAACUCUGCCAGGAAAAUGGUGCAACUGGCGUCAAAACCAAAGUCACUGUCAAGAAACCCAACGUGUGGACCAAGCAGAACGAGGGUGUGUCUGAACGGAAUCAGAAGGAUGUGGAGCAGGCGUCCGAAGUGGAGAUCAACCUGGAUAAGUCCAGGAGCAAAUUAGAAGAAAAGGCCAAACUCUACGAGCAAAUGAUCAAAGGGAACCUUCCAGAUGAGGAGACGGAGGCCAUGUUUCUGGUCGAUUUCACCCAGAAGAUUAUCGACCGGAAGAAAGAAACCCGGGACCAGAUGGAGAGGGAAGAAGAGGAGAGAACCAUGGCCGCCCCCGUCCCGGAGCCCCAGAACCCGGGGGAGGAGUGGGUGGAUUAUGUGGACGGUCUCGGGCGCUCUCGGAGGUGCAUGAAGAGAGAUCUGCCGGGCUUCAGGAAGAUGGAUCAGAGUCUCACUGGCACAAUAAACACGUCCACAGAGAAGACCCUGCUGUCGGAGGACAUGCGGCGCGACCUGCAGCGACAGCAGUGGGAGCGGGAGGAGGAGGAGGCGAUGAGCAGGCCCAUCGGGCCCGUCCACUUUGAGGACAUCAGGGAACAAGAGGCUCGUGAGCUCGGUGUGGGCUACUUCGCCUUCUCUCAGGACCGGGAGCAGCGCGACAAGCAGAGGGAGACCCUGGACAUGCUCAGAGACCAGACCACAGAGCAGCGCGGUAAGCGAGAGCUGCUGAAGGACAAGAGGAAGGCGCUCCUGCAGGCGCGCCUGGCAAAGGUGAGGCAGAGGAAGAUGAAGGGGAGGCCCGAGGACGAGCUGAAGACGGAGGAGGUCGAAGACGAGGGAGAGGACGCGAUCGGCCCCUCGCCCGCGGCCCCGGAGAACCCAGUCGUCAGGCCGGACCGCCGAGUGGAGGUGGAGGUCCAGGAGAGGAAGGACACCAGGCCCGGGGUUCCCCACGUCAGGGAGUGGGACCGCGGCAAAGAGUUCAUGCUGGGUGAAUGGACGGACCGCCGGCGGCAGGAGAGGGACUCGGAGUUCGCUCCUCCGUCCGCGUACUACGCCGAGAAGAGGCCGCGGCAGGAGAGGUCCUCCGCUGGCGGGAGGUCCUUCGCUCAGGAGAGCACCUCCAGGAUGUCCUUCAAGUGGUCGGGCAGCUCAGCAAAGAGCUCCUCCGGCCGGGAGGAACCGGAGCCUGAAGGACCCCCGGUCGGACCCCCGGUCGCCCCCCCUCAGCUCCGCCCCACGGCGCCCGUUGCCAUGGCGCCCGUUGCCACGGCGCCCGUUGCCACGGCGCCCGCUCCAACGCAGAGCCGAGCGGCACCGCGACAUGAGCCCCCCAGGCCUGCCGCUGCACCGACCACGCCGUCGAAGCCGCCGCCCCCGGCGGUACCCUACACCCAGGGCCCCGCCCCCUUCAGCUUCCCCUUCCCCGCGCCCCCACAGCGCUCUCCCUUGGAACCUCCAGCCGGACCCCCGGCCUACGCUGCUCCGCCUCGCCCCCCUCCCCCGUUCCCCCCUCAGUACCCUGGGCAGUACUCCCCUCUCUAUCCCCCUCCCCCACAGAGUCUCCCUCGACCGCCCCCCCCUGGGGAACAGCCACUGUACCCCCCUGGGAGUCAGGCCCUGUACCCCCCAGGGGACCAGCCACUGUACCCCCCUGGGAGUCAGGCCCUGUACCCCCCUGGGAGUCAGGCACUGUACCCCCCAGGGGAACAGCCACUGUACCCCCCUGGGAGUCAGCCACUGUACCCCCCAGGAGAACAGCCACUGUACCCCCCUGGGGACCAGCCCCUGUACCCCCCUGGGAGUCAGGCCCUGUACCCCCCAGGGGAUCAGCCACUGUACCCCCCAGGGGAUCAGCCACUGUACCCCCCUGGGGCCCAGGCCCUGUACCCCCCAGGGGAACAGCCACUGUACCCCCCUGGGGCCCAGGGCAUGUACCCCCCUGGCUGCCCGCCCACGGCCGGCUCCCAGAGCCUGGAUGACAUGCUCUCCUUCUACAAGAGCUCCUCUUAGAGUUCACCUCUGAGCCCUUAGAGCUCAUUCGAGUUCAGCGCUCUGAACAGUCAGCGCUCCUAUAGAGUUCAGCGCUCUGAACAGUCAGCGCUCCUAUAGAGUUCAGCGCUCUGAACCAUUAGAGGUCCUAUAGAGUUCAGCGCUCCUAGAGUUCAGCGCUCUGAACCAUUCGAGCGCAUAUAGAGUUCAGUACGCUGAACCAUUAGAGCUCCUAUUAGUGUUCAGCGCUCUGAACAGUUAGAGCUCCUAUAGAGCUCCUACACUCAACAAUCAGUUAAAAUGUGGACUUGUGCUUCUAAGAUGCGAGUUGUUGUAUCUUACCGAAACCUUCCCAUAGGAAAGAGAUUGAAACUGCCUUUUGCUGUUUGAGCCUUUAUUAACAUCUAACGGUGAUGUUUACACGAGUGAAGUCCUUUGCAACUAAACAUGUAUAUUAUACAUUUAGUCUUGAGGUUUUUGUUUCUCAAGUUUGCCCCACAUUGUUUUUCUCAUUAAACCUCAUCUCACCUACUUUUUGAGUAUUUAUUAAUUGAUUUGAAUUGAAAAUGUUUUUAUUUCAAACAAGUUAAUUAUAAUAAUAGAAAAAAAGCAAUAAUAAACAAAAUAAAUGAUACAAGUCA